AUGUCAGCUCUGAAGGUUUUUGAGGCAGCUCCCGACGCUACUGGAUUUGAUAACAGCAAGCGCGUCUCUUUACAUAACAUGAUACCAGCUCCUCAUGAUUCGCCCAAGUUGAUAAGCAGACAAGAGAAGUUGUAUGAUCAGGAUGCUAUGGCUUUUAUCAUCACAAGAAACAAAAAUGACAACACGGUGUGUUACCGGGCCAAGUUUUCGCGCCCUGGAGUACUCGACAAGGGAGAACCGAUAGAAGCAUAUUGGAUGGAUUUUGUGCUCCACUCCGUUACCCGAGAGGCUAGUCAAGUGAUUGCUGAUCGUAUCAGGGAUACUCUGAGCUCUGUGUAUGGUUUGAAGAUAAAGACUGUAAAAUUGGAUUUUAGACCGUUCGAGGAAGACCCCGAAGGCUCUACUCAAUGCGAUUGGUGCGGUUGCGAUGUCGGCCGUGAUUCUAACCAAUGGGAGGAGGCUCUGUCAAGUGGAGACGCCGAGGCUGCUGAGCGUAGCCGUGAUCGUUGUGAUAGGAGAACGAUCGAGGCUAACCAGCAGGAUCGAUUGGAUGCGCCCCUACCAUUCGAAGAGACCAUGAACUGGUGCUACGCCUGCCUCCACAAGUUUUAUCCAGCUGUUAGCAUCGAGAUGUGCUGA